AUGGAAGGACGAAGACGCCUCCAGCAGAAAUUAGAUGAAAUGGCCGUUACAGCAGCCCAGCAAGAGUUCUGUGAUGUAACCUCCUUUAGUGACAUUAUCCGAUUUGAAGUCAACACUCACAUCCAUUACUUUGCUCACCUCUGGGAAGGGGACCCCCCGAUGGCGCCUCCCAACCCCAGCUACAGCCAAAACGUGCAGGAGCUAAAGAGCAAGAUUCUCGUGGCUGCCAAGCAGGAAUCCCAGGGCAGAGUUUUAAGGCUGUCGGAGUUAAAAGUCCGAAUCGGUGAUUUGUGGCAGGCUUUGUUGAACGAGAACUUUAUUUUCAGCUUCAAGAACACGCUGGAGAUCGCAGCCUACAACAGGUUAGAAACAAAAUUCAGCCAAUGGAGCUGGCAGCUGAGAAGUCACAUGCUAGAGCUGCAGAUAAAAAUGCUCCAAGUCACUAGAGAAAGCCUUGAAGGAGAAGUCAGAGAAAAAUACGCUGCCACUAUGGAUCAAUUCGAAAAGUUUUUCAGAGAAGACUCAGAUGCUGAAAUAUUGAUUCAGUGGAAAACAAACAUGGAAAUAAAACUGAAAGAGCUAAAAUCAUCUCUUAUUGAUGAAACAAAGAGGAAAUCUGAAGAACUUAUCAGGCUAAGGGAGAAGCAAAACCAACUGGAUGAAGGGAAGGAAAGGUAUCAGAAUAAGCUUUUGAAAAGGAGCAAAGAGCUGGCUCUGUCGUUAAAAGGGCUGACUGAAAAUGAACUGAGAGAGAACUUUAACCGCCUGUGGGGAAAAUGGGUCCAUGAAGUGGCCUCGGAUGCCCCUCCUGCUCAGGAGCCCAACAUCAGGGUUGAUAUAGAAAACAUCCUGCUCAAGCGUUUUGAACAGAAUUCUGUUACAGCAGAAAAACUAAAGGCCUCAUCCAGUGAUAGGUUUUCUACUGAUUUCUCCAAGCAUGUCACCCUGAAGAGAACAUGGUAUGGGGCCAAGAAGACUUUGGAGAAGUGCGAUAGAGACCGCAUAGAGGAGGUUACAGGUUGUAUCAUGCAGGGGGUUGGAGCGAUCAUCAGUAGCAAGGAGCGUGAGAGACUGGAUUACAGUCCCAGUUACAUUCAUGAAAUACUGAAUAAAAUAAGACAAGAGGUGACGUUGGCAUCUAAGAACCCAGCAUUCACAUUGACUCCUGAGUACACAGCUGAUUUAUCAGUAACUUUAUGCAAAAUGGCAGCAGGAAGGUUUGAAGCCAUGCACAGGGCAUUUAAAAAAGCACACGACCCGAUCGUCUACCUGGAGAGCAAAAGGGAAGAUUUCUUCAAGUGCUUCCAGAUUUCCUGCCAAGGAGCAACCUCCAUCACAGCAUUUGCUGUGUUCCUAUGCUGCAAGCUCGGUGACAGGACGGUCAUUGACAUCGCCGGUGAGAUGAAGUCUAUUGAUCCAGCUUUCAAUGGGAACAGAUCCAACCUAGAAAACCAUAUUCUUGUGUAUCUGGCCGAGAAGGAAAACUUUGCGGAGUACAGGCAAUACAUUCAAUCCCCAAAACACUUUUUUGAGGAUUUUAUCAAGCAGAGUGUUGAUGAUUAUUGCUUAGACAAGGACAAUCCAAAACUGCAGUGUUUCCUAAACAGUUCCCUGGAUGAUUUCCAUAGACGUGUCCUUUCAGCUAUUCGUGACUCAACUAAAGUUACUAAAGACAAAAGUGGCAACGUCUCCUUCUGGCUGGAUGAAUUCUGCAGAGGGCUUCAAGAGUAUUUAACUCUUCCCAGAAGUGAGCUAAAAAGCAUUGAACAUCAGGAGGUAACUGACAUGGAGUUUCUUAAGGAAGCCCUGAGUAAGGCGUUGGAUCCUGUGGUGGGAAACCUGAGAAAAGACUUUGCAGCUAUUGAUAUGGAGCCAUUUCCAAGAAAACCCCACGAGAUCCUGUGGAAAACCUGCGAAAAGACUUUGCAGCUAUUGAUAUGGAGCCAUUUCCAAGAAAACCCCAUGAGAUCCUCACUGAACAGCUCGGUGGGUGCUGGGAGAAGUGUCCCUUUUGCGCAGCUGUUUGCACAAACACCAUGUCUGGUCAUGAUGGAAAACACAGUGUGCCCUUCCAUCGGCCUGAAGGUGUGA